CUUCGCUGCCCAACUGCCCGUACAGAAACAUGGCGCCUCCCAGCGCUGGGCCGGCGCCUCCAGGCUCACACCAGCCUCCGUCCCGACGCUGAGGAGCGGCCGCGGUGGCCGCUGCCCACCGGAGCCGGUCAGAGAGGCCCGCAGGUAGUGCGUCGAGGGAGGUGGCCUCUGAGAGCUUAGCCUGCCGCACGUCGCUCCCGCCCCUCCGCCGUGCUCUCCCGCGGGAUUCGCAGUGAGAGCUGCCGCAGGGAGAUCGCCGAUGCUGCCGCAGGAAAGUGAAUAAACUUAACUGAGAAUGUCUGAAAAUCUUGACAAGUCCCAUAUAAAUGAAGCAGGAAAAUCAAAGUCAAAUGACUCUGAGCAAGGCCUGGAAGGUGCUCUGGAAUGUUCUGAUGAAGCUUUACAGAAAAAAAUAAAGUCGGACUCACCUAGCCCCCAGAAAGUGGGAAGACCUCACUCUAGUCCUCCUCAACUUGUGACAGUAGAAGAACUUCUAGAAACAGCAAAAGGAGUCACCAACAUGGCUCUAGCCCACGAAAUUGUAGUAAAUGGAGACUUUCGAAUUAAACCAGUUGAAUUACCAGAAGACAGCUUGGAGAAGAGAGUAAAAGAGAUUGUACAUAAAGCUUUCUGGGAUUGCUUGAGUGUCCAGCUAAGUGAAGACCCCCCAACAUAUGACCAUGCCAUCAAACUUGUAGGCGAGAUCAAAGAGACGCUGUUAUCUUUCCUGCUGCCUGGACACACUAGACUAAGAAACCAGAUAACAGAAGUCUUGGAUCUGGACCUGAUAAAACAGGAAGCAGAGAAUGGAGCCCUAGACAUUUCCAAGCUGGCAGAAUUCAUUAUUGGCAUGAUGGGGACAUUGUGUGCACCUGCUCGAGAUGAGGAACUUAAGAAACUAAAGUACAUUAAGGAAAUAGUGCCCCUUUUCAGGGCAAUCUUUUCUGUGUUGGACUUAAUGAAAGUAGACAUGGCAAACUUUGCUGUCACUAGCAUUAGGCCACAUCUCAUGCAGCAGUCAGUUGAAUAUGAGAGGAAGAAGUUUCAAGAGGUUUUGGAGAAACAGCCAAACUCCCUGGACUUUGUCACCCAGUGGCUGGAAGAGGCCUCAGAUGAACUUACGACUCAAAAGUACAAAGUCUUGCCAGCUGGGGGAGGGGCUUCUGGCUCUGGGGAUGCUCCCAUGCUAAACCCUGUUGCCAUUCAGAAUUAUGCAUACCUGAAGCUUUUGAAAUGGGAUCACUUCCAGAGACCUUUCCCUGAGACAGUUUUGAUGGACCAGUCUCGUUUCCAAGAGCUCCAGCUCCAGCUGGAGCAGCUGACCAUCCUGGGAGCCGUGCUGCUGGUCACAUUCAGCACAGCAGCCCCUAGAAUUUCUGACCAUGCUGACUUUGCUGAGAAACUCAAGAUGAUUGUAAAGAUUCUGCUAACGGAUAUGCAUCUGCCUUCCUUCCAUCUAGAGGAUGCCCUGACUGCCAUUGGGGAGAAAGUGUGCCUGGAGGUGAGCUGCUGCCUCUCCUCAUGUGGAUCCUCCCCAUCCUCCCUGGGCAAGGAGACUGUACUUAAGGGCCAGAUCCAGGCUCUGGCCAGUCCCGACGACCCCAUUCGAAGGAUCAUGGAAUCCCGAAUCCUGACAUUCUUGGAAACAUACCUUGCCUCUGGCCAUCAGAGGCCAUCGCCUGCAGUGCCUGGGGGAUUGGGUCCCAUUCAGAAAGAGCUGGAAGAAGUUGCUGUGAGAUUUGUUCGCCUGGUCAACUAUAAUAAGAUGGUGUUCAGUCCUUACUACGACUCAAUCCUCAGUAAGAUCCUCCUCCGAUCCUAGCGCGCCUGACAGCAGCAGUGUUCACCAUCGCCUCAGAAUGCCUGUCUUAACAAUGCCGUUGCUUUGGAGAAUGGCUGUGUAGUACACUUCUAUUUAAUAGCAACGAUUCCAAAGGGAAGAAUAUUGUGUAUUGCUGUUGAAAAGACUUGAAGAAUGCACAGAAUUCUAUUUUGAGAGAUUGUACUUAUGAGUGGAAGUUUACAAAUUGAAGAAGCUUUUUGUUAUCUUGAGUUUUAUAGGUAGCACUUAGCUUUCCGCGGUUGGCUGCCUGCGUCUCCACUUGUGCUGUGUUCUCAAAGCAGCUGCGUCCUCCUGAGGAGGCUGGGGUCUUUCUCUCCUGUGGUUUUGGAGAGUUCUUUUCUCAGAUGCCCCACGUUGAUAGCCACCACGAGUAAAAGACCAAGCCGUGACUUUCCUCUUGCCCUCUUUACCUCACUGCUUCCCGUUUUCCUCCCUCUGGGUAUUUUAUGAUAGAAGGGCUAUCUCAUCUUACAGUGUCCUGGGUCCCUCUGUCCCAACACUGACAAAUUAAUUGCUUCUACUGGCUUAGCCAAUGUUUCAGAGCAUUUUGUUCUACAGCAGAGUUACAUGAUAUUUACUUUUAUUUUUUUGAAACAGAGUCUCUCUCUCUCUCUUUCUCUCUCUCUCUAUAUAUACACACACAUGCACACACACACACACACACACACACACACACACGUACAUACCUCCGCACUCCUGACUGGCCUGGAACUGGCUCUGUAGACGGCACUGGCCUCAACCUUGCAGCAGUCCUCCUGCCUCUGCCUCCCAAAUGCUAGGUUUAUAGGCCUGGGCCACCAUACCUGUUGGAGCUAACUUGAUUUUCUAAAGCUUAUUUUGUUGGUUUCGGGGGAGGGGGCAUGUAGCACAACAGUCAGUGAUUGCCUAGCAUGUACAAGGCCCCGGGUUUGAUCUCUAGCAUUUAAUCUUUCACACAAAGUUGGACAUGGUAGCGUGCCCCCAUAGUUUCCGCUACUUGAGGGGAGGGUCAUUUGGGACGAGGCAUAAACUCCAUAUUCAAAAAAAUAAUUAAAACAAAAAGGAAAAUGCUAGUUCUCUUCUAUAGAAAUACAGCUGAACCCCAGGAUGGUGGGAGUUAAAAUUUAUGGAGCAAGGCAUGGUGACAAAUGCCUAUCAUCCUAGCGUUUGGGAGGCUGAGGCAACAGGAUUACAAGUUAAAGAGCAGUCUGGACUAUAUAGUGAGACUCUGCUUCAAAGACAACAAUGACAUGGGUUUUAAAGAAAUGAAAUUCUUUUACUUUUAAGCCUUAAGCUAUGGAGGAAAAUUUAAAGAUAUACGUAUAUAGUUUAGUAUAAUAGGAAAGAAAAAUGUAUGGGAUUUUAUUUAAAAAGUUCACUGUGAUAGAAUACACAGAUGUGGUAACUGAAUUUAAACUCAAAGUGUCAAAUAUCCCAACCUCGCUAAUCUAGAUAAAGAUGGCAGAAAAUCCCUGGUAUUUGAGCAGAAUGUUCAAGGUCCUUUAGUAACCAGAAUUCCUCAUAUACCAUGUGACUAUGCGAGUACCUUGGAUCUCAUAAAUAAUCUGUUCUGUUUUUAAAAGAAGUGUACAUAUACUGUAUAUGUUUUAGAUAAGGACAUUAUUGUAGAAGCAGAGCCAUGGAGUGACCUCCAGUGACCAGAAGCGCAGGGUGAAAUAAUUCAGAGGAUCCCAUGGACGUGGAUGGGGGACAGAUGGAGCGCCCUCUUUCAAAGCUGUCCAGUUAUGCCAGGCUCUGUGAGCACAUGGUGAGCCCAGCAGGGUGGAAUACACCUGAAACCCCAGCACUCAGCACUCAGUAGCUGAGGCAGGAGGCUAGCCUGGGCUACAUAGCAAGACCCUGGCUGAAAAAGACAAAUAAAUAAAAAGAAUGAAUGGUUAUAUUG